UCCCCCCCCGCCCCCGUUGGCAGCGCGCAGGCCCGCGGCGCGGCGGCCAUGUGGGUGUUCGGCUACGGCUCGCUCCUCUGGAAGGUGGAUUUCCCCUUCGCCGAGCGGCUGGUGGGGCGCGUCCCGGGCUACAGCCGCCGCUUCUGGCAGGGCAGCACGGACCACCGCGGCGUGCCGGGCAAGCCUGGAAGAGUUGUGACUCUGGUUGAAGACCCUGAGGGGUCUGUAUGGGGUGUUGCUUACAGACUCCCAGCUGGACAAGAAUGUGAAGUAAAGGCACACCUGGACUUCCGAGAGAAAGGAGGCUACAGAACUACAACUGCCAUUUUCUAUCCAAAAGAUCUGUCGGUAAAACCGUUUGAUAUAUUGUUAUACAUUGGAACUCGUGACAACCCUAACUACCUUGGUCCAGCACCUCUGGAAGAAAUUGCUGAACAGAUUUUUAAUGCAGUUGGCCCUAGCGGAAGAAACACAGAAUACCUGUUUGAACUUGCUAAUUCUAUCAGAAAUCUUGUACCAGAAGAGGUAGAUGAGCAUCUCUUCUCCUUAGAGACACUAGUAAAGGAACUCUUGGAAAAGCAUCAAAAACUAAAUUGUCAGUAAAAUAACUUCUUACUUUUAAUGAUCUAGCUUCAUCUUCAGAGGAAUGGUUUCAUUGCACAAUGAGUAUAUCACUUGGAGGCAUGUUUCUUUGUACUAUGCCAUCUUAUUUAUUUUAAUAUUGCCUUCAAAAUAAUGAUUAUUAAAACAGUUACAAAAAUUAUUUCAGGAGUCUAUCGAAGGGAUACCAGGAGAAGAGUUUUGGGUUUGAAUUUGGUAUACUGGUUUUUAUCCAAAGACUACAUCUUUAUGAAAUCUCAAGAGAACCACUUAAGCUUCUCUUUUUUUGAAGAUUUAUUUAAUUUUAUUAUUUCAGGUUUAAUAUGAAUCAUUAGAAUGUUUUUAAGAUCAAAAUCUGCAUUCAGACACAACUCCCAUUGAUUUAAGUGAUCGUUUUUUCUGAUUCAAGACCACAGGCAUGGAGCUCAGUGCAGCUGAAGAGAUAAAUGUUAAGUAGUUGUUGUAAAUUGCAAUAGUAGACCAUUUAUAUCAUCAAUCACUGAAAUUGUUAUUCCACUGAGUUUCUCAUCUUACUCUUUAUAUAUUAGUUUGUCCUUAAACACAAAGGAUAAACCAUUUCAUUAUCAAGGAAAUAAUUCUUUCCCUUGGGUCGUUAUGUCAAGCCCCUGAAAACCAAAGCACAGGGUACUUGGACGCAAACAAGCCAUAAAGUAUCAGUGACUAAUUACUUUUUUUUCCCUAAGAUUAAUCUAAAGAAUAAGCCCAAAAAAGUUAAAAUUAACCAAGAGUACGACUUGAAGUCCCAAUGCAGCAAGAACGUUCAAAACUCUCAUCUUAGUUACUUGCCUUUAUGUGCUGUUGUAACCCCGCCUCUUGGUGAAAAAAUUCAGCCUCUAAGGAUAGGUUUUAAGCCAGUAAUUUUCAACCACUGUUUCAGGGAUUCACAGACAAAAGGUAAUUAAGAAAGGAACCCCCUUUUCAGUAACUUGAUGUUUGCUCUAUGGACAUCCAGACAAAGAGAGAUGGAAAGCCACCAGUUUAGGCUAGUAGGCUUACUUUAUGCAAAACAUAAGCAAAUGCAGUUUCCGUCCCAACGAGGCCUUGUCUUGCCUCUCAAAAAUGCAAGUUAUUUCUGUUAACUGUUAACAAAGUGUAUUUUUGUAUGUUAAUAUAGGAAAAGUCCUAUUUCAAACAUCAUGUAACAUCACGUUUUCUCACACAGAACGUAUGUGUGUUUAGUAAUAGCUUGGAAGCCUGUAUUUUGCAUCAGUAAUUGCAAAAAACUGUGUUUCUACUAUACAGGUUGUCCCUUUCUCUUCUUUACAUUUUGUUUUUUUAUAUUUGUAAUUGCUUGAAAAUAUCAGGGUUAUCUAAAUAACAAGCUGCUAUUAUUUUACUUGGCCACCUAUAAAAGCCAAGAAGAACAUAAAUGAAUGUUGACAGGCAGCUAGAUGAGUAGAAAACAGGGUAUUAAAAUUCAAACUUAAAUUUGAGAUAACUAGAGCACUAAAGUAUUUAACCAAGAUAGCUAUGGUUUUUACAUACCGUAUUAUAAUUUUAGUGUGCUUCUGGCAUCUCUCAAGCAUUGAGAAAAACACAGAAGUGUAUUAGUUUUUAGAAGCUACUGUUUACUAUGGAGAGUUGAAUGCCACUAUUUUAAGAGUACACCACGAGGUAUCACUUGGAGUACUCUAAACUGCAGAAGCAAAUCCUCUGAUCGUAUUAGCAAGACAAUCAUACAUACUGAGGCCUUGUUUUUCCAUCAGUACACAUGAGUUACUUGCAAACUGAUGGAAUAUCCUUGAUUCUUCACUGUACUGUGCUGGUUUAAGAUUCUGCUCAGUUGUACUGUGCAGAAAAGCAAGCCCCACUAAUGCAGCUGUACAGCAGGAGAAGAAUGUGAUCAGAACUUCCAGGUGUCUGUCCGCAAUGACAGUCAUCAAGACGCCCAAGACUGGAGCUGAAUGACUUCACGCACCAAAGAUGAACAGCAGCAACCAGCACUCAAAUCAACAUUGUUGAACACGCUCCAUCACGCAUACAUUUUACUUUGACUUGACUUACUUGACUAUCUUUACUGGAUACUUCAUUGUUAUUAAAAGUGUUGUGUGUGAUUUAUGUCAAGCAAUGUUAAGCAUUGAAAAUAGUACUCUCCAAAAAAACCCCAACCGACAACAGCACCUCCUUUCUUGUGCUUACUUCAGGUUUAAGCAAGCUGUGGUAAAGUUGACACAUGCACUGUGGCAUGUCCACUCUAUAUAUUUUUUAAAACUCCUUCCUCAAAGACUUAUCCUUGUUCUUUAAAACAGGGCAGGGGAUGCUUAGACUCACUAAUGAUCCAAAAAUGCUUAGACUCACUAAUGAUCAGUGAUAACUCCCUCUUUAAAACUUUUAAUUAUUUAAACACUUUGUUGAGGCAUUGUGAUUAUGUACGGUUCUACAUUCUCUCUUUAAUUAUAUUCAGGACAUUGUUGGUUCAUUUACUUUCCAGAUUCAUAAAACUUGCAAUAAUAUCUGUCAUGAAACAUUCUAGUUUGUGCAUAAAACUUCAGUACAAUAAAAAUGAGUCAUAUUUA